CAAAAGCCCACAACCUCCUGAAUCCUGAGAUAAGUCGGACAACAAAAAGGGGGCGCAACAAAAAACCUUCGGGCUUCGGCAAUUCAUCCAAAAUUCGCAGGUUGCGUCGAGCACUCGAGCCGUUCAUUCAUCGCUCAUCGGCCAUCGCAAUUCGCAGCAGGCCAGCAGUCCAGGUCUCCGGGCGACGGGUCGACGGCCGUCCAGCAGUCCAGGCGUCCAGCUGCAGAACAACACCUCCGCAGGCGUCCAGUCCAGUCCCUUCAGGCCUUCACUCCCUUCAGACUUCAGUCCACUCCUUUGGCCUUUGCAGUUUGCAGAUUUAGAUCCAAACUCGCUCGACGUUCAGCAGUUCCGAGCCAGACUACUUCUCAGAGUCACCGCCUACAGCCCUAGCACAGUAGUUGCUCGUAGAGUCGCUGCUCGCUCUACACAGUCCUCCUCCUCCUCCACCUCGCUAGUUCAGUCGCCGUCGUCCGCCGUCGCAGCAGCCUCCAGCCUCGCAAGUUCCCAUCCGAAUCGCUCCAGCCUCCAGCCUCCAGCCUCCAGCCUCGCGAGUUCCAAUCUUUCCACUCGGCAGUCAAGGCCAGCCCUCCAGAAUCUACGGCUAAUUGAUCCACUUGUCCACCAGGCACUAGUCCUGCGCCCCCCCACGCCUCCACAGCAGUACAGCUCCACUUCUGAUCAUAACCAGCUUCAAUGUCGGCAUUUGGCACAACUACAGUGAAUACAAAUCCUAAUAAGUCCACUGAGGUUGCGCAACCUCCCGGUGACUCAGUAUCAAGCCUCUCUUUUAGCCCAAAGGCAAACUUCUUGGUGGCUACAUCAUGGGACAAUCAGGUACGUUGUUGGGAAGUAAUGCAAAGUGGCAUGAAUAUUGGAACAACACCCAAAGCGUCCAUAUCACAUGACCAACCGGUUUUAUGCUCCGCAUGGAAAGAUGAUGGUUCAACAGUAUUUUCUGGAGGCUGUGACAAGCAAGUAAAGAUGUGGCCACUUGGAGGUAAUCAACCCGUAACUGUUGCCAUGCAUGAUGCUCCUGUGAAAGAGAUUGCUUGGAUUCCUGAAAUGAGCCUCUUAGUCUCAGGAAGCUGGGAUAAAACCUUGAGGUACUGGGAUCUAAGGCAGCAAAAUCCAGCUCAUGUCCAACAACUUCCCGAACGCUGUUAUGCACUUACAGUAAAACAUCCUCUAAUGGUUGCGGCAACUGCUGACAGAAAUCUUAUAGUUUUUAAUUUGCAAAGUCCUCAGACAGAGUUCAAGAGGAUCAUGUCACCACUGAAGUACCAGACAAGGUGCUUGGCUGCCUUUCCUGAUAAACAAGGCUUCCUGGUGGGCUCAAUUGAAGGAAGGGUUGGAGUGCACCACAUUGACGAUGCACAGCACAACAAAAACUUCACUUUCAAAUGCCACAGGGAGAACACUGAUAUUUACUCCGUCAACUCUCUGAAUUUCCACCCAGUACAUGGCACUUUUGCUACUGCUGGGUCUGAUGGUGCCUUCAACUUCUGGGACAAAGACAGCAAACAGAGGCUCAAGGCAAUGCAACGAUGCAAUCAGCCUAUACCGUGCAGCACUUUCAACCACGAUGGCUCUUUAUAUGCAUAUGCGGUGUGUUAUGAUUGGAGCAAGGGUGCAGAAAAUCAUAAUCCAGCAACAGCAAAGACUAGCAUUUUCUUGCACUUGCCGCAGGAAUCUGAGGUCAAAGGGAAACCAAGAACAAG